AUGUCAGAUAAAGAACAAUUGAAUCCAGUAUCAAUUGAUACGGAAAAGACAGAAGUAUUUAGGUUCAACGUUAGUAUAAUUUCCUAUUUACAUUCAAUCUUUGCCCUUUCAUCAUUUUUAGCUGCAUUAGCAGUUGGAUCUUAUUUACAUUAUUAUAAAAUUGUCCAGAAUGCGUCUUAUGGAUAUCCUGAUGAAUGGUUCCCUAGUGUAUCUGCCACAAUUGGUGAUAGAUAUCCUGAAAGAUCAGUAUUUCAAAUUAUAAUUGCUUUAACUGCCGGUCCAAGAUUUUUGUUAUUAUUAUUUGAUUUUAUUGUUUUAUUUAGAUCGAAAUCAUAUUUACCUUAUAUUACUUUAAUUUCUGGUGUUUUAAGAACAUUCAUGGCUGGAGGUUGGAUGUAUAUCACAUCCACUGAUGAUCAUGAUGCUCAUGAUGUCUUUAUGAUUGCAUAUAUGGUCUUAACUAUUCCUUGGACAGUUGGUAUGACUUUAUUAUCGCCAAGAAAUACAUUUCAAAGAAAAGCAAGAUUUUAUAGUGCAGUUGCAUUUUUUGGAACAAUUGGACCCUUGAUUUAUUGGUUUAUUCAACAUAAAGUUCAUGUUAGACCAGGUGCGUAUUCAAUCUAUGCUUAUUUUGAAUGGGGGUUAAUCUUUUUGGAUAUUCUUUUUGAUUCUUGGUCCGCAAUUGAUUUUUCAAAAUUGGAUAUCAUUGUUAGUGGUCAUGGAAUUGAAUUGAUUCCUGGGCAAAAAAAAAAGCCUAUUGAAAUUUCAUCAACAACUAAAACCACUGUUAUCGAUACAGAAGAAGAAGAUUUAUUUACAAAUUUUGAAGGUAUUUGUAAUGUAAUGAAUUCAUUUAUUUAUUGGUCAGUAGUAACUUCUUUAUUUUUAUGUGUUUGGUAUUUCCCAUUAUGGCAUAUGGGACUUUCCGGUUAUGAAGCCGUGAUUAUUUCCAUGUUUUUAUCUCCAUUAUUUACAAUUAUUCCAUAUUUUAGAAACUUAUUAGCUAAAUAUCCAUCAUUUACAAGAAUUUCAACUGUUAUUUUCGGAAUUGGGGCAUAUAAAGUCCAUGAUCCAGAACAAAGAUUAUUAACAAUAACUAUUGGAACAUCAUUUGCUGUGUUAUCAUUAGUGGUUGAAUUUUGGGCAUUAUCAAAUAAUAAUCAACCUAAGAAAUUACAUUCUUAUAUUAUUUCAAUUAUGGUUGGAUUAUUAACAACUUCUAUAUUUAAAUAUUUGUGUUAUUCAAAUAAUCCAAUUUGGCCAAUUAUGCAUAAAGAAAAUGGAGGAUAUAAUAACUUGGGUAUCUUUUUAGGAUUGGUGCUAGCAACUUUCACACCAUCCGUAUUUAAACAAGAGCCUCCCAAGAUCUCAUCAUCGAAAGAAAAGAAAGAUGUCAAACAACAACAACAACCGGAAAAACAAACCACUAUCAAAAAGAUUAGUGGAUCUAUGUUUUUGGCCGGAUUAGGAUUUGGGGGAUAUUAUUUCUCCAUCACUUCCUUCUUGACCGAUUCUGGUACUUUAGCAACUUGGACAUGGGAAGGAUAUCCAAUCAGGGGUCCAACUCCCGUCACGGGGGCAUUAUUCCAUUUCGGUGCAUUUAUCAUUGCAUUAAUCGUCAUUCUCAAAAAACAUCCAAGUGCGUUCAGCGGAUUAAGUUAUAACAUUGUUGUUGGUGGAGGUAGUGCAUUAUUAAUGUAUCAAUUGAAAGGAUGGGCUGGAUAUGCCGGGGCAGUGGUUUAUACAUUUUGGUUAGUUUCCGUUGGACCUAUUAUUUGGCAAUCUAUGGCGGGUUACAAUCCUGCUAUUUCUUUCUUUUGGGGAUUUUUGGUGAAUAUUGUACUUUCAUUAGCUAGUGUUUGGAUCGUUGCUUAUGCGUUUGUGCCUGGUGGACCAUUACUUCGUGAAAGAACUGAUAUCAUAUUGGGAACUUCAUUUGGAUGUAUUUUAUUAGGAGUGGUGAAUUAUAAUUUAAGAAACAAGUCCACAUCUGACACAUUCAUAAAAGUCAAUUAUUUCAGUUGUAAAGCAUUAAAACAAUUUUGUAUUUUGUUAACCAUCUUAUCCGCGUUAACAAUCACAAUCUUUAUCAAAAGAUAUCCAACCGAACCAUACCAACCCUAUAAUGAAGAAUCCAAAUCCUUCAAUGCCGGGAUUUGGUGUGUCCAUUUCGGUCUCGACAAUGACAUGUGGUCUUCCGAAACCAGAAUGAAAACCUUAAUCGAAGAAGCCGAAUUAGAUAUAGUUGGAUUAUUAGAAACCGAUACUCAACGAUUAAUCGGUGGGAAUCGAGAUUUUACCCAAACAAUAGCAGAAGAAUUAGGAAUGUAUGCCGAUUAUGGCCCGGGUCCAAAUAAACAUACUUGGGGAGCCGCAUUAUUAUCCAAAUUCCCAAUUAUUGAAUCUACUCAUCAUUUAUUACCAUCACCGGUGGGAGAAUUAGCCCCUGCGAUUCAUGCGACUUUGGAUAUAUUUGGAGAAUUAGUGGAUGUGGUUGUUUUCCAUUCGGGACAAGAGGAAGAUAUUGAGGAUCGGAGAUUACAGAGUUUGGGAGUGCAGGAAAUCAUGGGGAAUUCGACCCGUCCAUUGGUGUUGUUGAGUUAUUUGGUGACUGAACCUUUGAAGGGGAAUUAUAAUACUUAUGUCAGUGAAAAAUCAAGAAUGUAUGAUAUUGAUAAUACUGAUUGGGAUAGAUGGUGUGAAUAUAUUUUAUUUAGAGAAUUGAAAAAGGUUGCCUAUGCUAGGAUUUCAAGAUCAACUAUUACUGAUACUGAGUUACAGGUUGCAAAAUUUAAAUUAUUAACUGAAGAAGAAAAGAAUGAUGAGGAUAAAGGAUUUUAUUAUGGGAAUAAUUUUGUUGAUGAGAAUGAAAUUCCUGAAAAUUUAAGAAUGCCACAAUUGUUUAGAGGUGAUGGGGUUAGGGGUCAUAGAUAUCAUGUAUUUGAUGAACCUAGAUAUUUUGCCCAAGAGAAAUCACAAGUGAGAUAA